AUGUCGACUCUUAGCCCUGAGCAUGUUAUGAUGUGUCCGAUUUGCUUAGAAACAAUGAAAUGUCCAAUAAUCCAAUGUUUAAGAGGACAUAGCAUGUGUGAUGUAUGUAUUAAAAAUACGCACAUAACAAUGUGCCCUUGCUGUAGAGGACCUCUAUCCCAAACAAGAAAUUAUCAAUUGGAACAGCUGAUAGAAGGAUUGAAAAAUGUUCUAAAACUAAACUGUAUUUAUAUUUCAAAAGGAUGUAAGUUUGCAAUAACUACUAAAGAUAAAGAGAGUCAUGAAGCUGAAUGUAAAUUUCGAAGGUUUCAGUGUGAAGGUAACAAAUUUGCUAAAUGGUCAUGCAAUUGGUCAGGAAACUACUCUGAUAUUUAUCAACAUUUUAAAGAUUCUCAUAGAGAUUAUACCAGAAUGGAAUAUAAAACUGAAGCUACCAUAAAAGUCAAUUUUAAUACAGAUUUUAAUGAUGUUCAGAUCAUUUCCUUUUUCAAUGGGCAACACUAUUUUUAUUAUAAACACAAAGUUGAUAAGGCUAAAGAAAAAUGUUACUGGCACUUCCAGCUCAUUGGAUUGCAGUCUCAAGCAAAAAAUUUUUUUUAUGAAUUUGAAGUGCACAAUGGACUGAGAAAAUUUAAAGUAACCGAGAUUUGCACAAAUGAUCCUUUUGAUGUAGAAAAAACAUUUACCGAAGAAAAAUGCGUCGUAAUGUCAUUUACUACAAUAAAGAAUUAUUUAAAUGAACAGGGAGACUUACCUUUUAAAUUCAGAAUUAUGUCCAAUAAGAAGGCUGGGCCAAAUUAA